CUCAACAAUCUCCUCAUCACUUCAAUUCAAAACAAGUUUACAAGAUAACGUUAAACUCUCUUUCCUGCUGUCCCCUAUUUUUACACAGCAUAUGGCUCCGUUUUCUGCUUCAAGUCCACUAAUGAAAUUCUCUUUCGUAGUUGGCUUUUUCCUAACUGCCUACGCUGGUAAUUUCUACCAGGAUUUUGACCUCACUUGGGGAGAUGGUCGUGCCAAGAUUCUCAACAAUGGUCAGCGUCUUACUCUUUCCCUUGACAAGGCCUCUGGCUCUGGUUUUCAGUCCAAAAACGAGUAUUUGUUUGGGAACAUUGAUAUGCAGCUCAAGCUUGUUCCUGGCAACUCUGCUGGCACUGUAACGGCCUACUAUCUAUCUUCAAAGGGCGCAACAUGGGAUGAAAUAGACUUUGAGUUCUUGGGGAACUUGAGCGGUGAUCCUUACAUCCUUCAUACCAAUGUUUUUACCCAAGGCAAGGGCAACAGGGAGCAGCAAUUCUAUCUCUGGUUCGACCCAACUGCAGAUUUUCACACCUACUCCAUCCUCUGGAAUCCCAAGCUCAUCAUUUUCUCGGUUGAUGGGACUCCAAUCAGAGAGUUCAAGAACCUGGAAUCCGAUGGCAUUCCAUUCCCAAAGAACCAGCCUAUGAGGAUUUACUCCAGUCUUUGGAACGCUGAUGACUGGGCUACCAGGGGUGGUCUUGUGAAGACAAACUGGUCUAACGCUCCUUUCACCGCUUCCUACAGGAAUUUCAAUGCCAAGGCUUGUGUUUGGGGAAACGGAGCAUCAUCAUGCUCCUCAUCAAGUUCAUCAUCUUCCAGCUCCAACAACAAUGCAUGGCUAUCCCAAGAGUUAGAUAUAACAGGCCAACGAAGGCUGAAGUGGGUGCAGAAGAACUACAUGAUCUACAAUUACUGCACUGAUACAAAGCGAUUUCCUCAGGGUCUUCCUUCGGAAUGCAAAAUGUCCUAACAUAUUGCAUAUGCCUAACCCGCCCGUUGUAAUUAUAUACCAUAUGGUCUUCAAUGUGUAGUUUCUGCCUGUAUCAAUUCUUUUAUUUUUUGAAACUUCACCACGUCAUAUAUACUCUAUAUAUGAUAUUAUUGUAAAUCUUACCUUUCUCCAUGGAAUAAAAUCUAUGUUUCGAAUUUGCCUUU